AUGUCUGUUCUAUCGGCCGUUACUGCCUUGCUUAUAUGGCUCGGCCUAGUGAAGGCUAAGCUGGUCCGCGAGACGCUGGAGUUCACCUGGGGCGAGGGCGCUCCAAAUGGCGUACCACGGCAGAUGGUCCUGACUAAUGGGGGGUAUCCGGGGCCAGAUUUAGUGUUUGACGAAGAUGAUGAUGUCGAGAUUCACGUCUUCAAUCAUAUGCCAUUUAAUACGACCGUACACUGGCAUGGUCAAUCAAUGGAAAACACUCCGUGGUCCGAUGGUGUCCCAGGGCUAUCCCAACCGCCCAUCCGGCCGAAUUCAUCUUUCGUAUACAAAUUCAAAGCAUCCCCAGCAGGCACCUUCUGGUAUCAUUCGCAUUUCAAAAACGUGCUGCAGGAUGGACAAGUGGGAGCAUUCUAUAUCCGCCAUAAGCCAGAUGCCCCGCGCCCAUACUCCGCAAUCACUAAAGACCGUGCCGAAUUGGUCAAAAUGCAGCGCGCCGAAGCCAACCCAAACUUGAUGCUAAUAACCGACUGGACUCAUUUCACAGCUCAGGAGUACUACCAAGCCGAGAUUGAUUCUGGCCUGAAUCUCUUCUGUAUCGAUAGCAUUCUCAUAAACGGUAAAGGCUCGGUUUACUGCCCAGGGGGUAAGUACAUGCAGGGUCUUGCAGGCUCUCAGAUCGGGCUGGUACUGGAAGGUACAAACUUGACCGAUCGAGGGUGCUUGGUGCCCGCAUUGCACAACGUCCAGGGGAGCUGGCCAAACCAGAAGCCUGAUGCAGUCCCACAAUCUAUGCACAACAACUGCACCCCGUCUGAUGGUGGUAUGCCUGUGAUUAAGGUUGAUCAGCGGGAUGGAUGGGCGAGUCUGAACUUCAUUGGUGCGCAAGCGCAAAAAGGGACUACUUUCUCAGUGGACAACCAUCCGAUGUGGGUAUAUGAGGUGGACGGCCAGUUCGUGGAACCGCGUCAGUACGAGAUGGUCGGGAUGUACAAUGGUGCCAGGUACUCGGUUCUUAUAAAGCUGGAUCAGGCACCGGGGGAUUAUGCGAUUCGAGUCACUGAUAAUGGGGGAGACCAGGUUAUCAGCGGCUACGCUGUUCUUUCCUACAGUGCCCCAAACCGGAAAGGGGAUGGGGUCAGACCACAAGCACUAGUUGGCCCCCAUACGAAGGGAUAUAUUGACUACGCCGGACAGAACACGUCUGCUAGCGUUAGGUAUCUGAACUAUACCGAGAAUCUCCCCGCAUUCAACGUUCCCCUGCUACCGAAGUCUGCGGACCUCACCCUGAAAACUCACAUGACGCGCAUCAACAGUUCGUACCAAUGGUCCUUAGGCAACGGAGUCCUGUACGAACCCGAGACCACGGCAGACACCCCGCUCAUAUUCGCGAAGCAGCCACUGGAUCUAAUAGCGCCGAAAUACGUACUCCAAACGCUCAACAACACCUGGGUGGACAUCAUCAUCCAAAUCGUAUCCGACCCCGAGAUGGACCCCAUUCACCCACCGCAUCCCAUCCACAAGCACGGCAAUCGUGCCUAUAUCAUCGGCGAUGGAAUGGGCGUCUUCAACUGGUCAUCCGUCGACGAAGGAAUCCGAGAGAGGCCCGACCUCUUCUACCUCGAUAAACCCGCGUUACGCGACACAUUCACCACGAACACACUCACGGCUUCCCAGGAUGGUGGAGUAUGGAUAGCGAUCCGGUACCAUGUCCAGGGACCAUUUCCCUCGCUGCUCCAUUGCCAUAUCACCACGCACCAGGAGGGCGGUAUGGCGUUGGCCCUCCUGGACGGGAUUGACGUAUGGCCUGAACUGCCGACAAAGUCGGAAGUGGUGAGGCUACAGCAGCAUGCCGGUAGACCUAGAACAUAA